AUGAUGGAUCGCUGCAGAGACGGUCGCCACAGCUCCGUGAAUCGCGACGUUCCUGCUUUCCUCUCCUUCCCCGACGGCUCUCACUCCCUCGGUGUCAUCUCGCAGCAUGGAGACGUGGAGACUGAGGCGAGAGGAGACCAUCACAGCGGCUCGCUCAACGGGCCCUUCAUCGUCUGGGCUGACCCCGUGCAGCGAGGCAGCGCUGACCGAUCAGGCGACUACCAACAGCUGCAGAUGUUCUUCCAUGCUACAGUAGGCUUGAACAUCCUGCUCAACGCUCUCUUCUUCUUCGACCUGGUCAGACUCCCUCGAGCCUGCGGGGAUCUGAUCGCGUCGCAGAUGCGAUACACCUACAACAAGGACAUACUGAGCCCCGAUCGCGUCUCUCCUCCCAGCAUGGCCAUGCCGAUCGCUUCCUUCAUAUUAUGCGUGCUCUUCAAGCUCAUAGGCGCUUGGGGGGUUUUUAAGAAGAAGAUCCGCUACAUCUCCAUCUUCAUCUCCUUCGUCUUGUUCUUCUCACUAGUCAACUUGCUCUGGAUCGCGACAUCCCCGCAGCUUGCCGGUGUCUUCAUCGACAUUCUGCUGGUUCUCUUUGCUCACAGAGUUCGAGCCAGGCUCAUGGGCGAAUGGUUCUCUGCUACCCGAUGAUUUCUCUCCGUCCUCCUCCAGUUGUCACAGUAGAAAAAGUGAAGCGCAAUGAUAGCAGAUUCACCUCAUCUUCUACGCCUCACGCGCUCUCGCUG